AUGUCCACUUUCCGGAUUUCAAAUUCUUAAACUUCAACAUCCAUCAGACGUACAAGACGAGCAUGCCGUGAAUUUCUUGCCAUGUUGAGGUGUAAAUUUCUGUGACUUUUCAAUUCCUUUGCAUAUAUAAAUACCUGUCCAUGCAUGCAAGUCACAUAACUUGAAUUGUAGCAAAGCCCUUUCGAAACAUCUAAAGCAUGGCUUCAUCGUUCAUGUUUUGGCAAUUCCUCUUCUUUCUCAUCCUUGUAUUGCUUCACCGUUUCGAUGUCUUUGCUUCAUCUAAUGGUACUGAAACAGAGGCCCUUUUGAGAUGGAAAGCUAGUCUUGGCAAUGAAAGCAAGAGUUUCCUUUCUUCGUGGGUUGGAGACAGCCCUUGCAGCAGAUGGGUCGGAAUAGCUUGUGACGAAGGUGGUAGCAUCACCAAUCUCAGCCUUCCGGAUUACGGUUUGAGAGGUACACUUUACAGUCUCAACUUCUUUUCCCUCCCUAACCUGAUGAGGCUUAACCUUCAUAAUAACUCAUUUCAUGGGGGAAUUCCUUCACAGAUUGGCAAUCUUUCAAAACUCUCCUUCCUUGAAUUGUCCGAUAAUGAUUUCUCAGGGAAUAUCCCAUCUGAGAUUUUCUUAUUGAGAAGUGUUCAGUAUAUUUGUUUAGCAAGAAAUCAGAUCAGUGGUUCCAUUCCGGAAGCCAUAGGAAGGUUGAGUUCAGUUUCCGAGAUCUAUUUCGAUUAUAACAAUCUAAGUGGUCCAAUUCCAACUUCUAUAGGAAGCUUGCCAAAUUUAUCCCGGCUUGUCCUUUCUGGCAAUAGGCUAGGUGGUUCUAUACCUAAAGAAGUUGGGAACCUGCCCAUGCUCAUCGUCCUUGAGUUGCCAUUCAAUAAUUUCUCUGGAAAUAUUCCAUCUCAAAUAGGAAAUAUGAGUUCACUUGUUCACCUUCACAUUAAUGAUAACGACUUCACUGGUCCAAUACCUAUUUCAAUGGGAAACUUGCACAGAUUAUCUCGACUUAUCCUUGUUAACAAUAGACUCAGUGGCUCUAUACCUGUAGAAGUUGGAAUGUUGAGGUCACUCAAAAUGCUUGAUUUUUCAAGAAACCGCCUAACUGGUCCUAUUCCAACCUCUAUAGGAAAUUUAAGUAACUUGGAAUCGCUUUAUCUUUACCGUAAUGACCUCUCUGGUUCCAUCCCCAAUGAAAUAGGAUUGCUUCGAUCUCUUUCCACGUUGCAGUUGCAACGUAAUAAUCUCACUGGUGUCAUCCCUGCUGCUUCUAUAGGAAACUUGUCCAACUUAUUAAGUCUUUACCUUUAUAAUAAUAUGCUCUCCGGUUCAAUACCUCGAGAGAUUGGAAUGCUUCAAUCUCUCACUGAACUCUCAUUGAGCAACAAUACGCUUUCUGGUUCAAUCCCCACUUCUGUGGGAAAUAUGACGAGGCUUAGCGAGUUAUCUCUUUUGGAUAAUCAUUUAUCAGGUCCUAUUCCUGCAACAAUUAACAAUCUUACUCGAUUGGUAAUAUUACAAUUGGGUGACAACUAUCUGAAAGGUCAGUUGCCUGAUAAUGUAUGCCGCGAUGGCUUAGUGUCUCGUUUAAUAGCACAUAACAACAAUUUAACGGGCCAAAUUCCAUCAAGUUUGAGAAACUGCACAAGUUUAUUCAGACUUAGGCUUCAAGGAAACCAGCUUACAGGGAAUAUAUCAGAAGCUUUUGGCAUAUAUCCUAACUUGGAUUAUGCUGAAUUAAGUGACAACAAGUUUUACGGAGAACUUUCUCCCAACUGGGGGCAAUGUCCUAAUCUAGCAAGCCUAUAUAUCUCCAACAACAACAUUUCUGGGGAGAUACCUGUUGAAUUAGGACAGGCAACUCAAUUACAUGAAAUUGAUCUCUCCUUAAAUAAUCUACAUGGUGAUAUUCCGAAUGAAUUUGGAAGAUUGACAUCAUUGCUAGAUCUUUUGUUAAAUGGAAACAAACUUUCUGGAAAAAUUCCAGUAGAGAUUGGAAUGUUGUCAAAUUUGAAACUUCUAAAUUUGGCAUCAAACAAUCUUAGUGGAUCCAUUCCUGACCAACUUGGAGAGUGCUUCAAGCUAAGGGAAUUGAACCUAAGCAGAAACCAAAUCAGUGAAAGUAUUCCUUCAACGAUAAGCAGUAUAUAUGCCCUUGAAACACUUGAUUUAAGUCAUAAUCUGCUGAUUGGAGAGAUACCAAGGCCACUUGGGAAUCUACAAAAAUUGGAACUGUUGAAUCUUUCUCAUAAUAUGCUUUCUGGUUCCAUCCCAUCGGCUUCUGAUGAUUGGCGAAGCUUGACAGUUGUGGAUAUAUCCAAAAAUCAAUUGGAAGGCCCUUUACCUGACAAAAAAGCUUUUCGGAAUGCUCCAUUUGAUGCCUUAAGAGACAACAAAGGGCUUUGUGGCAAUGCAACAGAUCUAAUACCCUGUGAUGGUGUCCCUACCAUUACUAAAAAAGCCCAAAAGAAAAGAAAGAAUAGACUUGUGAUUUUAAUUGUGCUACCAGUUUUGGGUGCUCCAGUUCUGUUAUUCAUUUCAGUUGGAGGCUUUUUAUUUCUUUUUCGGAAGAUUUGGAAGAGAAAAUUUAAGUCAAGGGAGGAGCAAUCCCAAGAUAUUUUCGCAAUAUGGGGAUACGAUGGAGAAAUACUCUAUGAAAGCAUCAUUGAAGCUACAGAAGAUUUCAGCUCCAGCUACUGCAUUGGAUUAGGAGGAUACGGAAAUGUUUACAGAGUUGUGCUGCCAACAGGUCGAGUAGUUGCUGUGAAGAAACUUCACCGAUCCGAAGAUCGAAUGUUAAUCAACCUGAAAGCUUUUGAAAGUGAAAUUUGUGCUUUGGCAAACAUAAGGCAUCGGAACAUUGUGAAGUUCUAUGGAUUUUGUUCGAAUUCUGAGCACUCCUUUUUGGUUUAUGAGUUUGUGGAAAGGGGAAGUCUAAGAAUGGUUUUGAGUGUUGAGGAAAGAGCAAUGGAAUUAGACUGGAACAAGAGGAUAAAUGUUGUGAAAGGGUUAGCCAAUGCUUUGUCUUACAUGCACCAUGACUGCUCACCACCAAUUAUUCAUCGGGACAUUUCCAGCAACAAUGUUCUUUUGGAUUCGGAUUAUGAAGCUCAUGUCUCCGACUUUGGCACAGCUAGGCUUCUUAAGCCUGAUUCAUCCAAUUGGGCCUCAUUUGCAGGCACCUUUGGGUAUGUUGCUCCAGAAUUGGCUUAUACAAUGGAAGUCAAUGAAAAAUGCGAUGUCUACAGUUUCGGUGUAAUUACUAUGGAAAUACUGAUGGGAAAGCACCCUGGUGAUCUUAUUUCAAGUUUAUCAUCAUCGUCAUCAUCGUCGCUACAAAACUGGCAACAGAUUUUAUUGAAGGAUGUCAUAGACCAACGUCUCUCAGUUCCAUUAGACCAAGCUGCAAACAAUGUGGUCUCUGCUGCAAAGCUAGCAUUUGCAUGCUUGCAUAUCAAUCCACAGUUUCGCCCGACAAUGCGACAAGUUUCUCAAUCUCUUUCCAGUCAACGGUUUCCAACGUCCAAGCCUUUCUCGAUGAUAACAUUGGGAGAAUUGUUCUGUUAUUAAGGGUGUUAGCGUAUGAGGUGGUAGCCAUUUU